AGGGUUUUCAGAAAAUCUUCCUCUCCUAGUUAAGGUUUUCAGAAAAACUUGCUCUCAGAUGUCUUCCACCGGAGAAGUUGCCUGUACUUAUGCUUGCUUGAUCCUUCACACUGAUGGCAUUCCUGUUACUGUUGAGAAAAUAGCUACAUUGGUGAAAGCAGCCAAUGUGAAGGUGGAAUCAUACUGCCCCUGCCUUUUUGCAAAGCGUUGUGAGAAGAAAAAUGUGGAGGAGCUUAUCAUGAACGUUGGGUCGGGUGGAUCCGUUGUUUCUACUGGCGUUGUUGCCGUUGCUGCUCCUGCUACUGGUGAAGAUCCUGCAACAGCACCUGCUGCUAGCGAGAAAAAGGAAGAGGCAAAGGAAGAGAGUGAUGAUGGGGCCAUGUUUAGCUUGUUUGAUUAGAGUUCCUUUCAGUGUUUUGUCCUUUUAAUUUGUCUACAACUAAGAAUUUUGAUACAUAUUGUUCUAAUUGUAUCAAUCGGCCUAUCUAGUAUUUUCUUGUAAUUUCUAUUUCAAUGGUAAUCAAAUUGUCGAACAAGA